CCGGGGAGAUCCUCCAGCCCAUUUCUUCUCUUUUCAGUUCAACCAUAAACAAAUUCUUAACGAAAUGGAACGCAUCUCUGCCUCCGUAUACACCAAAAUGAAACGCUACUGGAAGCGGCAGAGCUACCACCGCAUCGGCGGCGGUUCUUCCGCUCGGCGGGCAGAGCUCGGAGGUGGGAGGCGGCGGAGGAGGAUGAUGUCGUGGCGGAUCAAGAUCAAGCCCAAGAUCAAGCUCAAGUCGCUCGACAAGCCGAACAAGUUCGUGGAGUGGCUCCGUGACGCUUACGUUAGGAUGAUGCUUGGAUUCGCCAACUCUGCCGCCGGCGGGAUGGUCGGGGACGGCGUUUCUUCGUUGGGGAGGAAGGCGGUUAAGGAGUACAAUGAGAAGGCGGUGAUCCUCGAGUUCUACAAAUCGCUUCACCUGGCUCGGUCGAAUCGCCAUCAGUUGUCUUCUCCUUCGAUCGCUGCUAUUGCAGAGUAGCAGCACUAGCAGAGGAUCACUAAGUUGCAAUUUUAAAUUAAUUAGUCAAGAUCAUCAAGAACAGAGCUGCACUGAUAGCUUCUGCUCUGUUCUUCGUUCAAUUGAUGUAAUGCAACUUCAACUGACGAUCCAGAGAAGAACGACAUAGCAAUAUGGUUUCUAUAAAUAUGUCACAUGCAAUAACUAGAGCAAACAUUG